AUGAGUAGUUAGGUUUUUGGGCAAGAGAGAGGGGAGAUUUUAUAGGGAAGCUUUCUUCGGUCCUUCCCCUCCUCCCGUCUCUUCGCUUCUACGUUUUUUUACACUUCUUUUUAAUUUUCCUCUCAAACCCCACUCUCUCUCUCCCCCUAUCUUUUCCCUCCUCUUUCCAGUACUGUUACUGGUACUACUGUAUUCUGGUUCCUAGGGUUUUCGAUCCUUUUGUGCCCGGCCGACCUCUAGGGUUUUCUAUUCACGUAUUCGCGUUCGAGUUGCCACAAUGAGUAAUAACAAGGAUCACUUCAACAUGGCUGAUCUCGGUGCUACUCUUCCUGGUGUCCCUGUUGCUCUUAGCGCCGAGGAUCGAGCAGGUCUUGUUAAUGCCCUCAAGAACAAGCUUCAGCAUUUGGCGGGACAGCACUCCGAUGUGCUCGAGUCUCUAUCAACAAAGGUCAGGAAGCGUGUCGAGGUCCUCAGAGAGCUCCAGGGUCAACAUGAUGAAUUGGAGGCAAAAUUCUUCGAGGAGAGAGCAGCGCUUGAAGCUAAAUAUCAGAAACUAUAUGAGCCACUUUACAACAAGCGAUAUGACAUUGUCAAUGGUGUGGUUGAAGUAGAAGGUGUUACAAAUGAAGCUGCAGCAGAUCAAGAAGAGGACAAAGGUGCAGAAGAGAAGGGAGUUCCUAAUUUCUGGCUCACUGCCAUGAAGACCAAUGAAAUUCUAGCAGAGGAGAUUUCAGAGCGUGAUGAAGGGGCACUCAAGUAUCUCAAAGACAUCAAGUGGUGUAGGAUUGAUAAUCCAAAGGGGUUCAAGCUGGAAUUCUUUUUUGAUACUAAUCCUUAUUUCAAAAACUCUGUUUUGACAAAAACUUAUCAUAUGAUUGAGGAGGAUGAGCCUAUCCUAGAGAAAGCAAUUGGCACGGAGAUUGAAUGGUAUCCAGGGAAAAGCUUGACUCAAAAGCUCUUGAAGAAGAAGCCAAAAAAGGGAUCAAAGAACGCAAAGCCUAUCACAAAGACUGAAAAGUGUGAAAGUUUCUUCAAUUUCUUUGAUCCACCACAAGUUCCUGAGAAUGAUGAUGAUAUAGAUGAAGAUACUGCUGAAGAACUUCAGAGUCAAAUGGAACAAGAUUAUGAUAUUGGAUCUACAAUUCGAGAUAAAAUUAUCCCACAUGCUGUUUCGUGGUUUACGGGAGAGGCUGUUCAGGGGGAUGAGUUUGAAGAUGACAUAGAAGGAGAUGAUGAGGAUGAGGAUGAAGAUGGUGAAGAAGAUGAAGACGAAGAUGAUGAUGAGGAUGAUGAAGAUGAUGACGAGGAUGACGAUGAUGAAGAUGAAGGGAAGGGCAGGAAGAAGGCGUCUGCUGGAUCCAAGAAAAGCGGAAGGGCCAAAACUGGGGAAGGGCAGCAGGGUGAACGGCCUCCAGAGUGUAAGCAGCAAUAGGUGUUUGAUUGCAGACAGACAAGAAGAGCACAUGUAAACCGUCUCUGGGUCGUUUAAACGAGUGAGAGUGGGGAAGGAAAGUUUUGGGGUGUUGAUUUUCUGUUUUUUUUUUUACAAUUAUUAUUUUUAGCGUCCUUUUUUUUUAAAGUAGGGUUGGGGAUGUGGUCGUGGUUAUAAUUUGUUUAUGCCUUGCGGGUUUCUUCUGGUUGCCCUGCUUUGUGGACUUUACAUGAACUAAUUUUAGUAGAUUUAUGUUUUGAUCAAGUGCUUUGACAUAAUAUCUUCCCCAAGCUUUCUUUCA